GUUGAGCUUUAAAUUACCCCCUUACCCAACCACUCGGUGAUCUUGUCGUGAUCUCUUAUUCUAACAUUGUGGAGUCUACAUACUGCAAUACUGCAGAUUCUUUUGCCUGCGAACUAAUGGUAACGGCAGAGACUCCCCCCUUAAACUCGAGAGCUCAAACAGAGAUUGACAAUGAGCUCGAGGCGCUUGAGGAGAGAAUGCGAGCUCUUCGGACCUGCCGAAAUAGUUUCUCUCCCAUAUCCUUCAUUCCUCCAGAGAUCCUUGGUGCUAUUUUCGUUCAUCAUGUUCAGCAGACGCAGUCAUGUUAUCCUCUUGACAGCCGCUAUGUUCUUUUAUGGCUUAAAGUCGGACAUAUUUGUCACCACUGGCGCGAGGUUGCUCUGGGGACACCAGAGCUAUGGGCCACUCCGUUUCUAAACUCCUCACGGGUCACAGAGGAGAUGCUCAUGAGAUCUAAAAUGGCUACGUUAAACUUGAGACGCGGCCUGCGAUAUCGUAUGGAAGCUGUCCAAAUGGUGUUGAUGAACAUAGAGCGUUUGCAAGAGGUCUCUUUCCCGUUCUUGAAUGAUGGCACGACGCGCUGUAUUGAGGAAUUUCUUGACAAGGUAUCAUCAUAUUCUGCUCCCAAAUUACGAUCGCUUCUUUUGGAAGCAGGGUCUAGUCAAACACCACGGAUAGCAAUCCCGACUUCUUUUCUCGCGCCAAACCUUCGCAGCCUUCAAAUCAAGUAUUGUGACAUAUCAUGGUCAUCUUCAAUCCUUACAGGACUCACUGUCCUUAGUAUCGAAAAAUUAUCACCGGAAUAUCUUCCGACUUUAGACGAGUUGAUCUCUGCGCUCCGUCGUAUGCCUGCUCUGCACACUCUCGAGUUAGACGAUGCUCUCCCGACUCUUCCCCCAAAAACGAUGUCACUCCCUUGCCCACCUCGUGUCCUGAAUGUUCGACUUCCUCACUUGAAGCGAUUACGUUUGAUCGCGAAAGUUUUGGAAGUGGCCAACGUGUUGGCUUGCGUGGAGUUACCUGACUCGAUGUUGGAAGUUGAACUCAAAUGCAGAGCGUCUUCAUCUAUGGAUCAGGAUCAAGAAUGUAAUUUGGGCCUCCCCAUUAUCUCCCAUGCCUUGGAAAGUUGCCUCAAAGCUAUUCCAGCUGAGUCUCGCCAAUUUCUGUGUUCCAUACGAUUGUUUGCCUUUGGUGCCAGUGGCGGAAUUCAUAUGCAAUAUAGUACAGCCAGGGACCCUUCUUCGUGGGUUGAGUCGCUGACUGAUAUUUGUCUGCCAGUGGAUCCGGAGUGGGUGGCGGAAUACCCUGUCAUUCUUCUUGAUUUGGGCUUUCCAAGUGAAAUAAGUACGGCGAUUCUUAGCGACUUAUGGCAGCUCGUCCCUUUUAGGAGUCUCGAGGCUUUAUGCAUCAAAGGUCUCUCCGCUUGUUGGGAUGGUUUCUGGGCUGAUCUUCUUGGCCGCGGCGCCGCUCACAAUCUUGAAAAAAUCUACUUGCAAGGAACUCCCGAGGCUCUUGAAGAUCUUCUCAUAUCCUUGCGCUCACAAACGUACAGCAUAGCGCGGUCUAUAGGCGGGCGAUCACGAAAAAGACAAAAUUUUGCCCCAGCACUCUCCCACCUUGUCCUAGAACGCCUGGAGUUCCACCCCUCCUCUUCAUCUUUUACGAAGACCUCUGACCUCCUCGACGUGCUCGUCGAUCGUAUCAACAAGGGUCGGGGACUAGACCAUCUUACAAUCACUGGUUGUACGGGCAUCAGUGCCCACGACGUGCGGCUGUUGCGAGAAGUGGUAGCCGACAUCGACUGGGAUGAAUAUGAAAGUUUUAAUGACGACGACUAUGACUCAUUCGAAGAUGGGGAUGAUGACGAGUACGGUUUCUACAGUGAUGUAUACGAUUUUGCCGUUUCGUAGCUAGGACUUGACAGAUGGAUACGACUCAGUCGUUCAGUAGCUAGAGCUUAUCCUUUCUUACGCUCUGAUACUUGCUACGCGAAUCACGUUCGCUUCAAUAACAAACAUACGUAGGUACUGUAUACACUCGGUACGCAAUUUUAUUAACAGUGGG